GAGUACGUAUAUUUCAAUUGUUCAACAGAUAUUUUUUGGAGAUCGUUUUCUAUUUCAGAUUCAAAAUUAAUUCAUAUCAUGAGUUAAUUACGACAAAUUGGUUGUUAUGAAUCUUUUUAAUUAAUUUUAAAGCAAUGUUAUGACAAGCGCUUGUUUGACUUGUUGUGCCCAUUUCCCGUUGCAAUUUAUUAGCUCUUAAAGGCAUCGAUUAUUCAUUAUUUGCAUACUUACGUCUACCAAAUAACACUGCGUCAACAGAAAAAAACGGACCUCGAUGAGAAGCAGAAAGUGCACUCUAAAAAUGGCUUUCUUGUGUUGGGUUGUGACGGUAUUGUGCGCUGCAUUGCUGCUUGUGGCAACUGAUGGCGCUCGCAGUUCAGUGACUCCAACUGAAAUGUCGAAUAACAGAUACGAACAUCCGCAGCAUGAGCUCGAAGAUAUCAAGACACUAUCACACAACGAGGGUCACGCUGAUCAGGUGAAAGUGAGACGAAGAACCUCCCUAUUAGAGCUGCAUGAAGCGCAUCAUGCUGCAUCUCGGCCUACAACUUUCGUCACGAAUACAAUGGACACGAAGAUUGGUAAUUAUCCAAGAAAUACAUCGGAGCUAGGAUACCAAAAAGUCAUAACCGAAACAAGCAGGCCGAAUAAUGUAAUUACUGGAGAACAAAGGAACACAAUCCAAUAUGAUUCGGACAACAAUUUUUCCUUCCAAAAACGCCACCCUGAAGCUUUUUUCAAUCCAGAGGAUUUUGAAACGACGAAGUAUAGAAUGCCGCUUCCUCGAACUGAGCCACGGAGAGCCAGACAAGUCACAAACCAAAACCUGAAUUUGCCGAUAAUAAUGCCCCUAAAAAGACCAAAAAAUGUUUCCCGAUCUGCUUCACCAAACUAUCCGUGGGGAAGUCACGCGUUUGGGCCAUUACACACAUACACCAGAUCGCCUCUCGGCACAAAAUGGAAUGCAUAUUUCUACGAUCAAACCAUCGCCGUCAUUCUCGAGGAUCAAGACAGAGCGCUGCUCAACUGUACGCUUCUAGAAGUCAUACCACAACACGAGCAGCGAGCAGCACUUAGGAGUCUGGGGCAAGUGAUGGCGUUAGUUCCACUCACCUUCCGGCAGAUGGUGCAGUUGUCGUACUACUGCAAGAGCACCAGAGAAAUACUCGCGCCCAAAUCAACCACCCAGAGAAGAAUCGCCAAAAAUAACCCGACUCCAGACGUGUUGUGGGACCACGCGUCGUCCCUGUUCUCCGGGAUCAUGCCAGGCACGGUGUGGUGUGGACUGGGGGACCGGGCACGUGUUUAUGAGGACCUGGGGGAGCGUCGUGAGCUGGACACCUGCUGCCGGGCCCACGACCACUGUCCCGUCAAGGUGCGGGCCUCCGCGUCCCGUUACGGCAUCAGGAACACGGCCUUCAGCACCGUAUCUCACUGCCUGUGCGAUGACGCCUUUCGCAUGUGCCUGGAAAAAGCUGCACUUGAUGACGAGAUGGCAGCGACCAUCGGCGAACUUUUCUUCAAUAUCAUCAGGCCGCAGUGCCUUGUCAGGCCGCGACCCAGGCCUCCUAAUCCCCGGGCUGGAUCACUAACUGCCCCUGGAGGAGUGACUCCUCACGAGGCAGACCACGAGGUCUACAGACCCCGGCUGGACUGUUUAGCUAUCGACGACCAGAACGGCUGUAGGUGGUGGACCACUAAUCCUAAAAGCCUGUCGUUGAAUCUUAAAAUUAUUACUCCGAAUUUUAGGUAUAUUGGUCCCGGUGAACGCAAGUCAUGAUUCGAUAGAUUGUUUUAAUUUAUAUAAAUUGUUAUGACGUCGAUUAACAUGUCUUAAUGAGAGACAUGUUAACGCAAGGGAGACUUUGUUGCUUAUACUUCUGUCACUGUACAAAUAUCAUUGAAUGUAGAAUUCCUUUCUUUGUACCAUAUGAUUCAUUUGUCACCAUUGAUUGUCGCUAGGAUGAACAAUAGUCUGAUUUGUUUUUUUCUUGGAAACUCAAUAGCAAGUUUUUAAUAGGAUUUGGUUUAUGCCCGAGGUUUCUAGGCCAAAUUUGAUAACCCCUCUCGAGUUCAUGCGAUUCAUUUUAGUUGUAUACUUCUCGUUUGUGCAUCAAAUGCGUACCUGGUAUUUCGUAAAUGUUUGCUAGCAUAGGUAAACUUUAUGACUUAUAUUAUGUCGUUUUAAUGGAAACGUCACUGGUGGAACAUUACUUCUUUGCUCCAAGAUAAGCGCAGGAUCGCGGGAAUGCUCAGAAUGCUGAAAAAUCCCAAGACCACAGUUACAGCCCGUGAAUGAUUUUUUUCUUUGCCAAUGGCUUAAAAAAAUUAUGAGUCAUUUUUCAAGUGAAUACUGUAUGAUCCACACAUAUUUCGCGUAGAAAUAUGCUAUUAGCCGUAAACUUCAUUUCAGUUGUAUGAUAGGUUCUUUUACUUGAAUAGAUUCGGAUCGCCUGUGGGAUUGGUGGGUGACCGAGACAAGAUUCUGGAUAACUGCAGUAGGUUGUCUUAUUUUAAAUUAAGUGGACUAUUUUUUUAUACUUUCAUUCCAUAUAUUAUCUGAUAUAUGUAUAUAGCCUAUUAUUGCUGCUCCUUUGUCGAGGUCAAUAACGUGGUCAACGUGCGCAAGAGCUCCGGCGAGUAUGCUCGAAUUAGGACUACUGAUUGCGAAUUUAUCAGGAAUUUUUAGAUCAUAAUUGAGUGCUAUCAUACAGUCGACACCUCCAAGUUAAUUUUUAUUAUUUUAUAACUUCAAAAAAGUAUGUUCAAAGUUAAAUUAGUGCAUUAGAUUUUAAAGCGACAGUUGAAGACAGAAAUCGCUUCACGUUGAAUCACAAUUUCUAAAUGAGUAUUGACCUAACAAAAUUGGGUCGACAUAUUUAAAACGUGAUCCAUGUAACGAGUUACACGGAUCACGGUUGAAAUGCUGGCUGGGCAUAAAAUGCAGAUGCUGGGCUCACAGUUGAAAUGCUGUUCCAAUGUAUCGAUCAAUUUUUAUACUUAUGGACAAAUAUUACAAUAAUAAAUAAUGCUGAAUA